GUUCUAUAUUUUUCUUAUUGUCACAAAAACACCCAAGCCAACUAUGAACAGUAGAAAUACUUAGCCACACUGAUGCACUGCGUGAUAUGUUCCUUCACUAUGAAGAGCAUGGGUACUGGAGUUUAUUUUGAGUCAAUCCCACAUACACCAUCCUGGUACUGUAAACACUCACUAGACCACUAAAUGUGAAGCUGAAAAUAGUCUUCAAACAACACUAUUGCACUAUUCAUUCAAAAAACAUUGUGUGCAUUCAAAUAUAGAAUUUGUCACAUCACAUGAUAAACCACAACUAGACUGAUCAUCAGCUGAUACAUCCAAAUGUGAAUGAACCCCAGAAAUAAACAUAACAGGUUAUAAUAGAGUUCAGGAGUUCAGUAUCAGAUAAUGUCUGAAUGUGUCAACUUCUGUUGUCACAGAAGGACACGUACUUCUGAGACCAGAAUAUACACAUGCCUUUUGUAAUCACUGACCACAAAACCACGCUGUAACUCCAGCAUCAGUGUUUGACAUUGUCCAGUAGAAGUGUAUCAUAACGCAAAGUAGGAAGCUGGAGUUUAUGAAGUGUUUGGGGGAAGAGGAAACUCUUAUUUGCUCUCCGUGAGGUGCUGUAGUGUUGUGAAAUUUUGUUCAGUCACUUCUUUCAAGCAGCAGCGCCAGCUUUGGUUAAAACCUACUCUCAUUCUCUGCGCUGAGGCAAGUAUGGCAAUGUAUGACUUUUAAGAAUGGAGGAAGAGCUCAAUUAUGCUAGUGUGGUUUUCAAAAAUGGUGGAAAACCUCCAAAAGAGAAAGCUGAGGAUCCCACAGUUUAUUCCACGGUAAAAUCUAAAGGACCUGCAAGUACUGUACCGACAGAUGGUGAAGCAGCUGCACCCUCUCAGCGCUUUAGUCUGUGGGCGGUGUGUUUGGGGAUACUUUGUGUCCUCCUGGUGGCGAGCAUCAGUGCCAUCAUCUACAUCAGUGUGGUCAUGGACGAAGACAGAGAGAACUUCAAAACAAACCUCAACAACCUCACAGCAGAGAAUCAGCAGCUGCUCAUGGAGAGGAGCAUCUUAGAGAAUAAGACAGAGGAGCUGAGCCGAGUCAGAGAUGAUCUCAACUGGACACUCAAUGUCAUCCUGAAAUUUAACACCUUUCCAGUAAAUGAGUACUGCCCUGAGAAGAAGUGUCAGCCGUGUCAGAAAGGCUGGAUUCUGUUCCAGGAAAAGUGCUAUCUGUUUUACUAUAAAAAAUCUCCUUGGAUGACAUGGAAAAAAAGCAGAGAGUAUUGCCAAAACACUGGUGCAGAUCUGGUUGUUAUUGAUAAUCUACAAGAACAGGAAUUCAUCAGUAAUCACACUAAGUACUACUACGACAAGUUUCAUGGAUACUGGAUGGGAUUACAACAAACUGCUGACAAAAACUGGUUCUGGGUUGAUGGACGCAAUGACACUCUGAGGUACUGGAUGAUGGAGAUACUUGGCGACCCUGGCCCAUGUGCACUGAUGAUCCCUAAGAGCCAGCCUACAGCCAGCUGGGACCCAGCAGACUGUAGAAUGCUGAACAAAUUUGUUUGUGAGAGUGAAGCUCUGAUAAGGUCCAGUUAGUUAGCAUUGUGUUCUUCUACACCAGCGUCUACAACAAAAAAAUUCAAAGUUUGCAACAAACUUCUGCUCCUGCGGUCGACAUGUUGCAUGGUGUGUAUAUAAGUGCAGAAAGAUGUGAUUUGCACAGAGUCUGCUGACAUAAGUUUCUGGUAUUACAUAGUGACAGAUGUGUCAAGAUGUAGUUAGUUCAUUUGGAGAAAGCUCACUGAGAUUUCAAUUUGUCCUUUUUUGUGCUCAUGUUAAUUAUUUAUGUUUUAUGUUGUAUCAUUAUACAAUUUCCUAUUUUUUAAAUGAAAAAAUAGGUCAUGGAA